AGCUGUGUGUGGGCUUUGCUGGCUCUUGGCAUGUGCCUGGUGGCCACCAGGGUCGCCGGUGAGACCAUGAUCGAGGUGGACGAGAAUGGCGAUGAGUAUGAGCUGAAGCGAUUCUACAUUCAGGGGCGCCAACUGAAGGGCGAUGGCAGUCAGUCGCAGUGCGUGGUCACGAGGAGGAAGCGUUCGGGUCGUGCAGCAGGAUCAGGAUCCGGAUCGGCAGCCUCUGUCUCAGUCAGUUCGCAACCCUUGAACGUGGAGAGUCUGCCCGCAAAGGAACACCGUGAGGGAGGAGCUGUUCUGCAGGAGGUGGAGAAUAGCAAUAGGCGUUAUGUUGCCCUGACGGGUGUCCACUUGGAGUCGCCGCUUCCCCAGGGAGAUGUUCAGAACGAUGACAACGACGAUGACGAUGAGCAGGAGAACGAUGAUGAUGAUGAUAGUGACGAUCAGUCUUUAAGAAAUCAGCCCAACUUUGUGCCCGCUGCCUUGGCUUUGCCCCUGCAAAGUCAAUCCACUGCUGCCCAUCUUAAUCAGGGAGUCAGUGUGGUCGCCAAUGCCGCCAGUCAUGCCAAUGUGGCCGAAGAUGCUGGCAUCGUGGUGGUCCAAUCGCAUCAGCCGCCCAAAGUCAAUCCCGAUACCCAUGCCGUCUUUGAGCUGAAGCCCGUUCAAUCAGAUGCUGCCCACCAGUCAGCUGGCGUCAGCUUUUAUCCCUUUGUCCAGCCCUGGGAGAUGGUGGACCAGCAUGGGGAUGACUACGAUGAGGACGACUACGACGAGGAGGACUACGAUGAUUUCUACUACGGCGGCAAUGGCUUCUACAGAGAUCAGCCCGGCUUUAAUGGCCUGGGAGUGUUCGAGGAGGAGAUCAUCAGCGAGGACCAGCCCAUCUCUACGGUAGCCAGCUGGUCCACCGGUGGGGAUGAUAGCGACAUGCAACCCGUCGUCAAUAAGCGGCCCAAUAAGAACAACAAGAACAAGAACAAGAAGAACAAGAACCAGAAACAGAAGAACAAGAAUCAGCAACAGAAGAACAAACGCCAGCAGCAGAAGAAACGCAAGCAAGAGGUUCAAGAUGAAGAGCAGCCUGCGAAGCAAAAGAAGAAGUCGCAGCAGCAGUAUAAAGAUCAGAAAAGGAAGCAGGAUAAGGAUCAAAAGAAGAAGAAGCCUGAGGAGAAUCAAAACCAACCGGAGAUGGAGCAGCUUAUUCCCGUGGAUGUGAUCAAGAAGCCAGUGGCCAUGGAAGAAUCUGCUGUUGCAUCUUCUUCCGCAAGCAGCAAUAUUGCCGCAUCUUCUAGCACCAUUUCAUCUUCUUCUUCGGGCAGCAAUUCUUCCGAUAAGAACAAGAAGAAGAAGAAGAAGAGGCCUAGCAGUAACGGCAGCAGCAGCAGUCAUAGCCAGCGUAAGACCAAGGAGAAGAAGAAGCAGUCUAGCAGCAGCAGCAGCAUCAGCAACAGCAACAAGCGUCGCCGACCCAGCAGCAGUAUUGGUUCUUCCAGCAGCAGCUCCUCCAUUGGUGGCUAUCGACGCCGUCGUCCCCAGCAGCAGCAGCAGUUGCAGCAGCAACGUCGCCGCAAAACGCAACAGCAGCAGAAUCGCCGCCGCCUGCAGCAACAACAGAAGAGGCGCCGCCAGCAGCAGCAACAACGCCGUCGUUUGCGCAACAAGAAUCGUCAAUUCUACGGCGAUGAGCCCAUCAUCAACUGCAUUUACAUCAACAAGGACCCAGCGCCGACCACCACCACGCCGCGUCCGUUUUGGAACAUCCUGGGCCGCCAAUCCGAUUCAAAGCCCAGUGCUGAAUCCGCUGUGGUCUCUUCCGAAGAAUCGCAAACGGAUUCCGUCGCCCAGCAGGCUGUUCUUCAGGCCGUUCGCCGCAAUUUUGGCGACUUCGGUGGACGAAAGCGCACCAACCUGCGUUUUGUGUCCUAG